AUCAUGUGGACAUAUCCAAACUUGUAAGCCCAAACAUAGAAGGAAAUCCCAUUACCCAAAUCUCACACCUUUACGUGAGAUUUGAAAUCCUAGCAAGCACGAAGGUUAUCUGGCUCCUUCGAACACAACAAUCGGCAGCGGAACUUCAAUCGACAGAGUACACAUAAUGUCACAUAGUGACAUGGCCCAAGAUAAUGAUAGUGAUAUGGAUGAGAUUGAAGAAGAUGAGAGUAGAGAAGAUAUGUAUAGACAUAUUAGAUAUUUAUUUGUAGUCAUUCAGACCGCCAUAUACAUGUUAAGCUUGCACAUAGUUAAAAUGCAUCAGAAUCGUGUGAACCGUUACUCACUUGCGAGGAGACCAAAAACUAGAGAUGGCUAUGACUAUAUUCAUAAAAUCCUGAAGGAAGAUCCAAAAGAUUUUCGGGAUAUUUAUAGAAUGUAUCCAGACGUUUUCUUGAAAUUAUGCCAUAUUAUUAGGGAGAAACAAUUGUUGGCAGAUACAAGGUACGUCAGCAUUGAGGAAAUGCUUGCAACAUUCUUAGUUAUUGUUGGUCAGAACAAUCGUUAUUGUCAAUUACGCAAAACAUUUGGAAGAUCACAUUUCACUGUUAGUCAAAAUUUCAACAAGGUUUUGAAGGUGCUACAACAUUUUGCGGUUGAAAUGAUGGCAAAACCUGGACGUACGGUGCCAGAAAAAAUAAGAGAAAGUACCAGAUUUUAUCCGUAUUUCAAAGAAUGUCUUGGAGCUAUUGAUGGCACACAUAUACCGGCAAUGAUAUCUGGCCGUGAAACAAGUAGCUAUAGAAAUCGUCAUGGGAUUAUUUCACAAAAUGUUUUGGCUACUUGUAACUUUGAUCUACAAUUUAUGUAUGUGUUGAGUGGCUGGGAGGGAUCAGCACACGAUUCAAAAGUUUUGACCGAUGCAUUGACAAGGGAAAACGGUCUGAAAGUUCCCAAUGGAUAUUUUUAUUUGGCAGAUUGCGGAUAUCCAAAUAGACGUCAAUUCUUAGCACCUUUUCGAGGUACCCGCUAUCACCUACAAGAUUUUGCUGGUCAAGGUCGUGAUCCAAAUAAUUCGAAGGAACUUUUUAAUCUUCGUCAUGCUUCACUACGGAACGUGGUUGAAAGGAUAUUUGGGAUAUUCAAGUCAAGGUUCGUUAUUUUCAAAACAGCACCCCCGUUUCCUUUCCGCACUCAAGCCGAGCUAGUGCUUGCGUGUGUUGGAUUGCAUAACUUUCUACGAAAAGAAUGUCGCUCUGAUGAAUUUCCGGUUGAUCCUGAAGAUGAAAUUCGAUCUUUUGAAGCGGAAGAUGUUGAACAAUAUUUUGCAAGUCAAGAACAACAAAGGGCUAAUGCAAAUGCUUGGAGGGACACAAUAGCAUCUAAUAUGUGGAAUGAUGCUAUGAACUAGUAUAGGUCAUGUGAUUGUCCAAGUAGCAUUUAUGUAAAGUUAUUUUUGUUUUAUGCUUUCAUAACAUUGACAAUCACUAUCUUUUAGUGCUGGGGAUUAUCUCAGUGCAAUUGAAGCAAUAGCCUGAGGGAAAUCAUUUCUCCAGUGGAACUUCAUCGUUGGCCUCAUUUCUAUUUAUGUUUUAGUUAUAAUUAUGAGUUGGACAGAGAGUAACAGACCGUUAUUGGUGUGUUGUUGAUGAUGCUUAUGACUUGAGACUGCU